CUCCCCCGAUAGGCGGCGUCCCCCUCCUAGCCAGGCGGGGGAAGAAGGCCACGGUUAUCGAUCCUGCUGCUGGUUAGAGGGAGGAGGAAGCGACACCAGAGAAAAUGGCGGCCGUGGCUGCGACUGCGGCGGUGCCGGGUGAUGGGGGAGCUGGCGAGGUCGAGCCCAUGCCAGGCAGCGAAGCCGGCGCAGACGCGCUCCCCGCCGGCACGCAGGCGGCCGUGGAGUCGGCGGUGCUCGACGCUGCCAGGGAGGAUCCCGAGCCAGCGCCGGGCGGAGAGGCUCAGCAGCCGUCGCCGCCGCCGCCGCCGCCCAAGAGCCCAGCGGGGACCCGAGACCUGCCGCAGGCCCAGCCCAACCCGGGCCCCGUGGGAGAGCUUCUUCAGCCUCGCUCGCUGACGGCCACGCUCUCCGGCCGUCCUGAAAAGGAAGAGGCAGAAGGGCAGCCCCCGCAGCCGGGCUUGCCGCUGAUAUCUCCGCUGCUGCUUGCAGCUGGGGGCCCCGCGGGGCCGGAGCCCGGGGAGGAGCCGCCCCGGCCGGAGGAGGAGGAGCCGGAUGCUGCUGUCGCCGCCGCAAGUACCACGGCAAGCGUUGCAAAGCAACCGGAGCUUUCGGUGGCUGCGGAGCCGGUGGAGGAGGAGGAGGAGGCGCUGUUACUGCCGGGCUCAGAGGUGCUGGUCACCCUGGAUCACAUCAUCGAGGAUGCUCUGGUGGUGUCGUUCCGGUUCGGGGAGAAGCUGUUCUCCGGGGUCCUCAUGGAUCUCUCCAAAAGGUUUGGACCUCAUGGAAUUCCUGUGACUAUAUUUCCCAAGCGGGAGUACAAGGAUAAACCUGAAGCCAUGCAGCUCCAAAGUAAAUCAUUCCAAGAUGAGAUGCAAGUGAAAUGUGAAGCUAACGGUGUUGUCCCAGACUCUUCUCCCAUCCAGCCAUCAGAACAUAGCCUGGUUAAAAGCCUAUGGACUUCCAAACCGCCUCCCCUUUUCCAUGUGGGGGCACCAUAUCCCCCUCCUUUGUUUAUCAGGGACACGUAUAACCAAUCAAUACCUCAACCUCCACCUCGAAAAAUUAAGCGGCCCAAGCGAAAAUUGUACAGGGAGGAACCCACUUCUAUUAUGAAUGCUAUCAAAUUGCGACCCAGACAUGUCUUAUGUGACAAAUGUAAGAACAGUAUUGUUGCAGAAAAGAAAGAAAUUAAGAAGGGCAGCAAUGCAAGUGACUCCCUAAGGUGUGAGGAUACUAGGAAACGAAGAAAUGAGAGCGUAACUACUGUGAACAAAAAAAUUAAAACUGAUCAUAAAGUUGAUGGGAAAAGUCAGAAUGAAAGCCAGAAAAAGAAUUCUGUGGUCAAAGUUGCAAAUAUUGUCCACAGCAGAAGUAGAGUAGUCAAAGUUCCCACUCAAGCAAAUACAUCGAAAACCCAAUUAAAUACUAAAAAAGUUCUUCAGAGCAAAAAUAUGGAUCAUGCAAAAGCUAGGGAAGUUUUGAAAAUAGCCAAAGAAAAGGCACAAAAGAAACAGAGUGCAACUUCAACUUCCAAAAAUGCACAUUCAAAGGUCCACUUCACACGGCGUCUUCAGAACACCAGCUCAGGUUCCCUGCCUCCCCGAUUGCGUCUGAAGCCACAAAGGUAUCGAAAUGAAGAAAAUGACUCCUCUCUCAAGACAGGGCUGGAGAAAUUGCAGAGUGGCAAGAUGGCAGCUAAGCCCCAGUCUCGCUGCUCGUCUACCCGCUCAGCAGGUGAGGCCCCUUCAGAAAAUCAGAGCCCCUCAGAAAGUCCUGAAGAGGCCAACAGUGAGGUUCAGGACACCAAUGAAGUGCAUGUACCUGUUGAUCAGGAUGAACAGCAGACCAUGGGCAAGAAAGGCAGCAAAAGCAAUAUUACAGUUUACAUGACCCUUAAUAAAAAGAAAUCUGACUCUUCCAGUGCAUCAGUCUGUAGUAGUGAUAGCACAGAUGACUUGAAGUCCUCCAAUUCUGAGUGUAGCACUACUGAAAGCUUUGAUUUUCCUCCAGGCAGCAUGCAUGCACCUUCCUCCUCCUCCUCCUCCUCCUCUUUAAAGGAAGAGAAAAAGCUCAGUAAUUCUUUGAAAGUCUUUUCAAAAAAUGUCUCUAAAUGUGUCACACCAGAUGGCAGGACCAUAUGUGUAGGAGACAUUGUUUGGGCCAAGAUAUAUGGCUUCCCAUGGUGGCCAGCCCGUAUUCUUACUAUAACUGUGAGCCGAAAAGAUAAUGGCCUAUUAGUCCGACAGGAAGCUCGUAUUUCAUGGUUUGGGUCCCCAACAACAUCUUUUCUUGCUCUUUCACAGCUCUCCCCUUUUUUAGAAAACUUUCAGUCGCGAUUUAAUAAGAAGAGAAAAGGUCUUUACCGCAAGGCCAUUACAGAAGCAGCCAAGGCUGCUAAGCAGCUAACUCCUGAAGUUCGGGCCCUGCUGACACAGUUUGAAACAUGAACAAAGUAAGCUCAGAGACAUUAAUCAUCUGCUGUGUUUAUGGAACUGUCUUGCACUGGCAUGAAGUUUGUCAGCUAACCAGAAAUUGCAUACACCCGAAAUGCCCCUUUCCUCUGCAAUCCAGAACAUGGUGUAUGCUGAGAUACUUAAAAAAAAAAAAAAAAGAACUGUACCCCAUUUCCAGGAAAUCUGUAUGUGUUGUACAUUUAAUUUCAAAUCUAAAAUAUUGAUAUUUUAUAAACUAUUUUUGCAAUAAACAAAGGCAUGAGCCAAGGAGCCUAUUCAAUAUGUAAGGAACCACUUGAAGUACCAGAAUGAAGAAUCACAAAGUGUAAUAUUACUCUUCAAAUGCAAUUUGUUUGAAUGGGCCCCGGGAACUGAUUGAGACACCUGGAAAGUUGGCUGUAAAGUUCUUCUUUUGUUCUUGGUGUGUUACAUUUUACAUCUUAACAAACAUUAGUCUUUAGUGCAAGUGUUAGCAGAGCUGUAAUCCUUUACUGGAAGCAUGUCCAAAUUCAACUGUGUUGUUAAGUGCUGACAGAUGUGUUCUGAGACUAAGGUUUUCCAUAAAGCAAGCAGCAAGGGGUGAAAAUACAUAUUUCUAUCUUGAGUAAUUGUGGCAAAGACCAUUCCUUUUGGAAAUAGUUUGGUGGCUAGAAUAGAGGCUGCAUCACAAGGUACAGAUCUUCUAUCUGCUUGUGUUCACCCAGCAGUAUCUGCCACAAACAGGUACUGUUAAAAUGGAAUAGUAAUUGGUAUCCAAAGUCAUGACAUUUCUUUUUAUAGCACUGUGAUGUAUUGCACAUUAAGUUAGUCAUAACUAACAUGUUCCACUGAGACAUUCUUGGCAUUUUAAAGACUAGCUGGUUUACACAAGAAAGUUUCCUAUCCCAGGAAGCCUCUAAUCUUUUCUCAAUGGGACUUGAGUUUUUAACAGCAAUGUGGUUUCACAUUUCAAUGAGAAUAAGUUAUGCCAAAUUUUCACUGGAUUACGCUGAAAGCCUAAAGAAUUACUUAUUCAGUAUUUUUAAACUGCUUCUCAUUUUGAUAGUAUGUAAACCCUUGCGUCGGAAGCAAAAUUCAGCAGUUAGCUUGACAAAGUGAUGUCACAAAAAUGCACAAUAUAUAGAUUGAUAUAAUUAACAGUUUUCAUGUCAAUACAAGGAUGCCUUCUAAUAUAUAGAUUUCAGUCUUUAGGAUAUUAAAAUACAUUAAGAUAAUUUUUUUCUAAAAUUAUUAUAUUCCAGAAAAUACAGCAAGUGUCCAGUUCAUAUUUUCCAAGUCACAAUCAUAACUUUUCCUCUUUAUUUUAUUUAGUAACAGAUUUAUAUUUUAAAUAGCAUUUGAAAUAAGGGAAAUAUGUUUAUUACAAUACAAGUCUAUAUUAAAAGAUUUAAUAAUUAUCUGUGAAAACAUUUUUUAAAAGUAUUUAUAAAGAUUCCAGAGCACCUACUUUAAAAAAAGCCCUGUGUAAUAAUGAUUAAUUGUAAUUUCAAUUGUGCCCACUUUCAUAAGAAAUUUGGUGACUUUUAAAGGUUCUGCAGUACUCUUUUCACUGAUGUUAAAGCAAAAGAGAAAUGGUGUAGGCUUUUUUUUUUCAAUUUUUCAUUCAAAAAAGGUUAUUUGAAACUAAUUUGAAGAAGGUUUAAAAGAAGCUUCAAUGAGAUAGUGCAGAUAAUGCAUCUAUUCCGAAGGAAAAAUGCUUUUUAAAAAGUAUCUUAAUUUAAAAUGUCUUUUCACUUGAAAAAAUGCAUAAAGCUUGAGGGAGUCACCAUGGCACAAAGCGAUAGUUUCUACUCAGGAAAAUGGUAUCAAUCUAUACAAACAAGGGUACAUAUAUUGAUUAUGGGCGGAGCCAAUAGUGCCUGCAUAGACAACAUCCCACUGUUAACCAGAGUUCUGGUUUUAUUUUUCUUCAAACACACCAAUUCUGCCUAUUUUACCACCGUAAUUCAAUGAUGUGGAGAAGCCACAGCUUACUUUAUGUGUAGAAAAGAAGGGAUAUAUGUUUGAAAAAGAAACAAGAUGACUAUUUAUACUGCUCAUGAAGAAUUGAACUGCAACCACCUUGUUUUUCGUUUUGAGAUUAUGCUGUCAGGGAAAUUUUUAGUGGUAGAAGUAAUAUAUUGCUUUUCGCUUUUUUCUUUAGUUGCUUAAUAUUUAAGCUUUGCUCCAUGUUACCUUUUACGUCCGUAUAUUAUGUCACUAUGCCUCCUUUCUUUGGUAGACUUGAAUAAGGAAAAAAAUAUUAAAUUUUUACAGUUUUGCCUGAAGUUAAAUAUUCAAGAAUUGUUGUGUACCAUGUUUUGAAAUAAAAUGUUGAUUUGUUCUCUCUGCACUUUUAAAAAGUUA